AACAAUUAUAAUAUUACUGUAUUAUUAUACUACUAUGUGGUAAUAUAUGUGCUUUGAAACUGAUGAUCAUUGGGUGCUGUGCUGCUAAAAUAUCUCUCUGUUUUCUCCUUUGAGGAUGUGGGUUUAUUACUGAACUAAGUAUUUUAGCUUUCCAAGUUGAAGAUUUGGGUUCUGAAGCUGAGAUCUGAUGCUUAUGAGCUUUGUAUCAGCUUGUCCUUUCACAUUCUGGGGGAAUUGUGAAGGGGUUUAAAGAAAGUGAUUAUGGUGUUUUGGGGUGUUAAAGAAGUGAAGAAAGAAUCUUUCAAGCACUUUGGUACUGACUUGUGGGGAAAUUUGGGUAGAACUGUAGGAUUUUGUAAUAGUUCUUGAUCUCGAUUUGUGACUCCGAAUUUCGGGGUGAGGAGGUUGUUGUAUCUGCAGACAUGAGGCUGUCUACCGCAAGUUUUAGUCAGCAGUCACCUGAAGGGGAGAAGAGUUGUUCAAAUUCUGAACUCUGGCAUGCGUGUGCUGGUCCUCUAGUUUCUCUUCCUGCUAUAGGAAGCCGUGUUGUAUAUUUCCCUCAGGGUCAUAGCGAACAGGUUGUUGCAUCCACGAACAAGGAAGUGGAUGCUCAUAUCCCUAAUUAUCCAAGCUUGCCUCCACAGCUCAUUUGCCAGCUUCACAAUAUAACUAUGCAUGCCGAUGCAGAGACGGAUGAGGUUUAUGCUCAGAUGACCUUGCAACCACUAAGCCCAGAUGAGCAAAAGGAGGCAUUUCUUCCAGUUGACUUGGGUGCUCCCAGCAAACAGCCGACUAAUUAUUUCUGUAAAACAUUGACUGCGAGCGACACUAGUACUCAUGGAGGAUUUUCAGUCCCCCGUCGUGCAGCAGAGAAAGUUUUUCCACCAUUGGAUUUUACACAACAACCUCCUGCCCAAGAGUUGAUUGCAAGAGACCUACAUGAAAAUGAAUGGAAAUUUCGACACAUAUUUCGUGGCCAACCAAAAAGGCAUUUACUUACAACAGGAUGGAGUGUGUUUGUAAGUGCUAAGAGGCUUGUUACUGGCGACUCUGUCCUUUUUAUAUGGAAUGAAAAGAAUCAGUUGUUCUUAGGAAUACGACGAGCUAUUCGACCACAAACUGUUAUGCCUUCAUCAGUAUUAUCAUGUGACAGUAUGCACUUGGGGCUUCUUGCAGCUGCAGCUCACGCUGCCACCACUAAGAGCCGAUUCACCAUAUUUUACAAUCCACGGGCCUGCCCAUCAGAAUUUGUCAUACCACUGGCCAAGUAUGUGAAAGCGGUCUAUCACACUAGAGUUUCUGUUGGCAUGCGUUUUCGGAUGCUGUUCGAAACAGAAGAAUCAAGUGUUCGUCGAUAUAUGGGCACAAUUACUGGUAUAAGCGACUUGGAUUCUGUUCGUUGGCAGAACUCACAUUGGCGUUCGGUAAAGGUUGGCUGGGAUGAGUCUACAGCUGGCGAGAGGCAGCCAAGAGUUUCCCUCUGGGAAAUUGAACCUCUAACAACAUUUCCAAUGUAUCCCUCCCCAUUUCCAUUCAGACUCAAGCGUCCAUGGCCAGCGGGACUACCCUCAUUUAAUGGGAUGAAGGAGAGUGUUUUGGGUAUGAAUUCUCCACAUAUGUGGCUCCAAGGGGAUAAUGGAGACCGAGGAUUCCAGUCACUCAACUUCCAGGGAAUUGGAGUCACACCCUGGAUGCAGCCAAGGGUUGACGCUUCCGUGCUUGGCAUGCAAACUGCUGAUAUAUAUCAAACUAUGGCUGCUGCUGCGCUUCAGGAGAUGAGAGCUGUUGAUACUUCCAAGAAUCCUAUUCCAUCGGUUCUGCAGUUCCAGCAAUCACAAAGUGUUCCUCAUAGGUCUUCUAGUGGAUUACUUCACACUCAGAUGUUGCAACAGUCACAGCCUGAAGCUUCAUUUCUUUAUUGUGGAGGGGAAACUCAGUCCCAAGCUCAAAGUCAAUCACACCUUCAGCAACAGUUGCGGCAACAUAAUUCAUUUGGUAAUCAGCUGCAGCAGCAGCAGCAGCACGAACACCGCAAUCAACAGCAGCAGCAACACCACCAAGAGCAUCAACAUCAGCUGCAGCAGCAGCAGCAACAGAUACAACCUGUAAUAGGUCAGCAACAGCAUCUGAUUGAUAAUCAGAAAGUUUCAGGCUUUGGCCCUCUCUUAUCUCAUUCUGCUUCUCAAGCUCAGACACCAUCCUUGCAGACCAUGAAUACCAUGCAACAUCAAAGUUUUUCAGACUCAAAUGGGAAACCUGUGACCAGUUCUGUUGUGUCUCCUCUAAAUAAUCUUGCUGGUUCAUAUUCCAAUGACGAAAAUACCCAACUUUUCAAUUGUUCUAGGUCUAGUGGCCUUUUAACUUCAGAAGGAUGGCCACCAAAGCGAGUAGCAGUUGAUCCUGUUUCAUCAUUUGGAGCAUCACAUAGUGUUCUACCCCAGAUAGAUCAGUUAGGGUCCCUCCAUACUAACAUCACUCAACAUGCAUUUUCAUUGCCACCAUACCCUGGUAGGGAUUGCUCAAUCAACCAAGACGGGGACAAUGAUCCUCAGAACUGUCUUCGUUUUGGGGUUAAUAUAGAUUCGACACCUCUCUUCAUGCAAAAUGGGAUUUCAGGUCUAAGGGGAGUUGGUAGUGAUGGGGAUUCCACAACCAUACCGUUUACUUCCUCCAAUUACAUGAGUACUGCAGGCGCUGACUUUUCGCUCAAUCCAUCAGUGACAGCUUCCAGUUGUAUAGAUGAGCCGAAUUUCCUUCAGUCUCCUGAAAAUUUGGGACAAGAAAGCACACCUGCUACUUUUGUUAAGGUGUAUAAGUCAGGGUCCUUCGGACGGUCGCUAGACAUAGCCAAAUUUAGCAGUUACAUCGAACUGCGUAGUGAGCUUGCUCAUAUGUUUGGCCUUGAAGGCGAUUUGGAGGAUCCUUUGAGAUCAGGCUGGCAGCUUGUAUUCGUUGACCGGGAGAAUGAUGUUCUCCUUCUCGGCGAUGACCCCUGGCCGGAGUUUGUUAACAGUGUCUGGUGUAUUAAGAUACUCUCACUGCAAGAAAUGCAGCAGAUGGGUAAACUAGGUCUAGAGCUUCUGAACUCAGUACCAGUUCACAGGCUGUCCAGCAACAACUGUGAAAACUAUCCGAGCCAACAGGGGUCCAAAAAUUUGAGCAAUGGAAUUGCGUCAAUGGGCGCUCAUGAUUACUGAAAAACAUCAACCAGUUAAGCUACUACUUCCUGAGUAACUUAGCUAUCCACCCAAUGUAGUAAUUCAGUAAGAAGAAAUGCCUGAUUCUAGCUUAGUAGCUUCUCACAAGAGCUAAUGGUGUAAUUAAGUUAUUUUCUAUGUUUAAUGUCUCGAAGCAUUAUAUGCAUGAGCUGUGUUUAAUGGGAGACGAAUGUCAUGAAACAUAAGCUACAUAGCACAAUUCCGUUUAGCAAUGGACUCGUUUAUUAAGCUUCUGUGCUGCUUUUUAAUAUAUUAUCAGAUUAUAUUCCCA